AUGGGAAAAGUCAGAGACUUUGGAGCAGAGGAACAUGUCCCCUCGAACAUACUCCACGCAGUGACCGCCAUAGGCAUCUGCCUUAGUGCCAUUUACUUGAACUUCGCUCUUGUUCUCUUCUCCCUCAUCUUCCUUCCACCUUCUCUCUCCCUUUUGGUAUUGGGCCUGCUCUCUCUGUUUAUCUUCAUCCCUAUAGAUGAUCGUAGCAAAUACGGUCUUAAGCUUGCUAGGUACAUAUGUAAGCACGCGUCUAGUUACUUCCCCGUUACUCUGCAUGUCGAGGAUUACGAAGCUUUCCGGCCUGAUCGCUCCUAUGUUUUUGGUUAUGAACCACAUUCGGUGUGGCCCAUUGGAGCUGUUGCACUUGUUGAUCUUACAGGGUUUAUGCCACUUCCUAACAUCAAACUUCUUGCAAGCGAUGCUAUAUUCUACACACCGUUUCUGAGGCACAUGUGGGCAUGGUUAGGGCUUGCCCCUGCUUCUAGAAAGAGUUUCUCUUCCCUUUUGGAGUCUGGCUAUAGUUGUAUCCUUGUACCUGGUGGUGUGCAGGAAACGUUUCACUUGCAACAUGAUGUUGAGAACAUCUUCCUUUCAUCAAGAAGAGGAUUUGUGCGCAUCGCCAUGGAACAAGGGUCUCCUCUCGUUCCAGUUUUCUGUUUUGGUCAGUCCCGUGCGUACAAGUGGUGGAAGCCAGAUUGUAACCUUUAUUUUAAGCUAGCAAGAGCGAUCAGGUUUACUCCAAUCUGUUUCUGGGGAGUUUUGGGAUCCCCAAUACCAUAUAGGCACCCUAUUCAUGUGGUGGUUGGUAAACCAAUAGAAGUUACAAAAUCGUUGCAGCCAACUGAUGAAGAGAUUGCUAAGUUGCAUGGCCAGUUUGUGGAAGCGCUUAAGGAUUUGUUUGAGAGGCACAAAGCCGGAGCAGGCUACUCUGACCUGCAAUUGAACAUUCUUUAA